GCAGUCCCUAUGACUCUGACUAAAGUACACCUGUGGCUGAUAGCACCAGCUGAUUAAGGUGAUUGAGGUCACCAACGGACAGGAUGAGCCUGAACAGAGGAAGAAAGGUCUAGUUAAUGAGUAAUUCCAGGAAGUAACAAAGGUUUAUAGAAACAACACAGCCUCCAACAUCAGAGAGAGUAUUUAAGUUGAGACCAAGUCUUAACACCGACACCCUUACCCUUCCCACCCCCAAAACCACACACCCUUCUCCAACGGCAACAGCAUGGAAAAUAAGAACAGCCAAGGAGCACAGGAGCGUCCCUCCAGAUGUCCAGAUAACAGUGCAUUUAAACAACAGAAACUGCCAGCCUGGAAGCCCAAGCUCACCGCUCCGACUGUCCUCUCCAGCUUGUUUAUCAUUGGACUCUUCUGCCUUCUCAUGGGAAUCUGCCUAAUAUUAUCUGCAAGAAGUGUCAAAGAAAUCCAGAUUAACUAUUCGGACAUAUGUUUGAAUUGUUCAAAACUGCGUGAAAACUCCUCUAACUGGGAUAAAGAAUGCAACUGUUCCGUGCACGUCACACUGCAGGAAAAUAUGCUGGGUGAUGUUUUUAUCUACUAUCGUCUACAAAACUUUUAUCAGAACCACCGUCGGUAUGUCCUCUCCAGAAGUGACUCACAAUUGCUGGGUGAAGAUGUUAACAUUCAGAACAGCAACUGUGCGCCUUUCACCACCUAUCCAAAUGGAACUCCAAUGGCUCCAUGCGGUGCCAUUGCCAACAGCAUGUUCAAUGAUUCUAUUCAACUUUCUUACUAUCUUAACUCAUACACUGCUAUCCAAGUCCCAUUGUUGAAGACUGGAAAUAGUUGGUGGUCAGAUAAAAAUGUGAAAUUUCGGAAUCCAACAUCAUACAAUCUCUCUUCUGCAUUUGCAGGAACAACAAGGCCUCCUUACUGGCAGAAACCAGCUUAUUUACUGGAUGAGGAGGAUGAAAGGAACAACGGUUAUCUAAACGACGACUUAAUCAUCUGGAUGCGUGUGUCAGCCUUUCCCACGUUCAGAAACCUUUACCGUCGCGUCAGCCAUACCAACCAGUUUGCUGAUGGUCUCCCAGCAGGGAAUUACACCUUCCACAUUGCCUACAAUUUCCCUGUUACCAAAUUAAAAGGGAAAAAGCAGGUGGUUCUCUCAACCGUCACGUGGUGUGGAGGGAGUAACCUUUUCCUGGGAAUUGCCUACACGGUUUCUGGCGCGGUGACGGUGCUGGCAGGUUUUAUCAUAACUGCGAUUCACUUAAAACUCCGAAAAAAGAAAACAUACUUUCAGAGAUAACCCAAAUUACAUAGCUUUCUGAACAAACAUAAAGGUGCACCUUUGAGCAAGGGAUGGGGGGAGCAUGGACCUUUCACAAUGUCCUCCUAGCAGUGGAGACAUUUCAGUCAUGGUAUGGAUUUGGUAAAUACAAAAGAGUUACAAGCAGGGUGAUGAUUUCUCAUAACCCAAAACAUACACAAUCUGAUCAGCUUGGCUUGGUUUGUGGUCUUAUUAGCAUAUGAAUUACAUAGAAGUAAAUUUUCCCCUAGUGACUACCCAUCAAGGUCUGACAUGAGCAUCAGUAAGAGAAAUCUUAGUAAUUUUAGAAGUACAAACUCCAGAAAUAGUAUUGAGCACAAAUACUGGGCCAAACCCCAAGGUCCUUACUCAGUUUUUACUAAGUCCUUACUCAGGCAGAACUCCCAUUUACUUCACUGGGAGCUUUCCAUGAUUAACAACUGAUGCCCUGAUCCAACAAAGCACUUAGGCAUCGGUUAUUCUCACUGAAAUCAGUGGGACUAUUUAUGUGCUUGAAGUUACAUGCAAGCUUAAGGGUCAAAUUUUAAAGAUAUGUAGGUGCUUAACUCACAUUGAUUUCAGUGGGAGUUAGGUGCCUUUAAAAAUCUGGUCCUAAGAGCUUUGCUGCAUCGGUGCCUGAGUAAGGACCUUGAGAUUUGGCCCCCUGGGAGCAUACCCUGGCUAUGAGAGUUGGGAGAGUCAUCUCACUGAAGUGAAUGGGGUUGGGAGAGCGUCUCCCCUCAGCGUAGUUAAUCCAACUCCAUGAGAGGCGGUAGCUAUGUCGACAUAGUGCUGUCUACACCACGGGUUAGGUCGCUAUAACUGCGUCACUCAGGGGUGUGGAUUUUUCACACUCCUGAGUGACAUAGUUAUACCAGCGUAAGUUAUUAGUGCAGACCUGGUUCUUUCCCCGCCACCCAGAGUGCAGUUCCACAGACAGACUUUUGAGCUGAAGAAGGAUGUCGUUUAUUUGCUGCUUCAGUGAGAGAUCAGUCCACUGAAACGGCACAAUAUAGGGUUAAAUGCAAGCGUUUCUCCACAUUCAUUCAGGUGCUCGCCUUAAAUACAGUGUUGCAAAGUUAUUCAUUGUAUAUUGCAUAAACGCUUUUUCUGCCUAGCACUAAGAUUAGUUUGCUGACCCAGUUGUUUACCUGAUCAGGUUGCUGGCUUUUACCUGGCUGUUCUCUUUCCUUGCCAGACAAGUUGGCAUCUUUUCAUAUGUCUCAACACUUAAAAUAUACAUUCUACAUAUUACAUCCUACAUAUCCCCUCCUUUUCUUGUUUUACGUGCACCCACUACGCCAUGUUUCUGUCCUCUGUUAUGUACUUGUCCGUUUCUUCCAGUUCAGGGUGUCUCCAGGAGUGACACCCCCUGCUUGGUGCAUAUUAAUAUUCCUGCAAAUCUGUGGCCUUUGUGGUACAAGAUGCCAUCUGUGUACUACCAUUCUUGUCCAAUACUUCCAUACAGAAUGUCCAUUAUUUCAGUAGCACUACCAACUGUCUUGCUCCUCUGUCCUGCCUGAAUAAGUCCAUGGGGAGAGUCCUUUGAUCCAGGUGACCAUCGGUUCGAUGAUUAUUCCUAGCCCUGUCCUUACAUUGUUCACUGUUAGUUGUCACGGCAUGCCUACAUAAGUAAUGCUAGAUAUGGGUUCUGCACUCAAUUAACUUUUAUGUGGUGGGCCCCCUACCAGCCAUUGGGGAAAACAUGACUUGGGCCAUAAAAUGUCAACCAGCAGGGCUAGGCUACUAUUCGUGGCCUCUUUACACACAACCCAAUUCCGUGCCCUACAUAUCUCAAGAAUGCCGGCACAUCCCCUUGCAUGGCAUGAGAUAUUGUUGCCAAUUAAUGUGCCAUACAUGGGCCUGGGGAUGUUAGGCCCAGAACACACAAGGUCUUGCUGAACAUUUUGCGUCGAUAUAAACACAACCACCCUACGAAGCAAAAACACAGAGAUUAUAAUUAACCCUUGCAUAAGGCACAUGAUUGUCACUGGCUGCAGGAUCAGGUGUUGUAUUUCAGUCUCCAUGUUAGAAUGCAUUAAGUCAUCCCACCAGUUAUUGGCUCCUGCUGUUGUAAUGUCUUUUCCCAAUUUUGUGAUAGUGUUCACAUCCUCACCCAUACUUAACCUGAGGAUAUGUGACGUCUUGCUUGUUUCUUAAGCAGUGCCCCAUACAACCUCUGCAGACUUCAGCAAGGCUCUCCAAUGCAUUGAUAGCGGAAUCUCUAAUUUUAUAUUAUGAAACAAAUCUCCCCCAACCAGGUUAUAUUUUGAGUGAUAAUGUGGGGCACAAUUUGCCAAUUUUCAUUUCCCAAUUUUAUACUCUUUAAUGACACUUUGCUGUAUUGUGUGCCUUCUGAGACCUUUACACAAUUUCUGUGCCUUUCCAAGGUGACACUUGACACAUUAUUAGUAUUGACAGGUUUCAGAGUAGCAGCCGUGUUAGUCUGUAUCCGCAAAAAGAAAAGGAGAACUUGUGGCACCUUAGAGACUAACAAAUUUAUUAGAGACAGACCUUUCCAUUCCCUAAGUAUGUAAUAUGGCUCGGGACCCAAAAGAUGGGAGUGCUCACUCGUGUUCCCACACCCACCUUUUACCAAUUGCAAUUAUCCUGGCUGAUAAACCCACCCCUCUUGAAUAUCCUCUACACAUACAGAGAAAUCUGCAUUACCAAGCCUUGCUGCCUUGUUCUUUACUGCCCAUUUAUUACCUUUCAUAGGGUAUAUGAAUGACUCAUUAUGUAAAAUGCCAUUAUUAAUGAUUGGAUAGGUAUUUAUGAGAGUUCCAUUCAAGGGACUGAAGGCCAGCACAGUACAUUGGGUCCAUUCACAAUUUAAAAGUGUAACCUUCCACCACCUGGGAUCUAUUCAGGAACUAACGUUCACUUUUACAGAAUAGAAAGAAUUCCAUUCUACUGGCCAGUGUCCAUGGAAUAAGCUCCUAAUUAUACCUUGAACAUCGCUUAACAAAUGUAAUUCAGCCAUAGCAAAUUGUCUGGCCCAUGUCUCAUUUAGCAUAGCCUUUUCCCCAAUUAGGAUUGCAGAUUAGAUUAAGGAGAGCAAUUUUUAAAUGUUCCGUGAGGACUGUGCUGGUUUUUAGGAAUUGCACCUGCCUUUGGCCCACCUCCCAUAGAUUGUCUCCUAUAUUCGUGGAAUAACCUAAUUUCCUUUGCAGAUUUUCUAUAUUGCCUGCAUUUAGUAUUCCAACUCCCAUACCUAUUCUGCCUAUCCAGUCGCCCCACACAGACCUUUUAUUUCUUCAAAAUACCGUCCUCAUCCAUAAUUCAUCCAUUCUUGGAAUUGUUUGUAGUGCAUUUGAGCAAUUUGGGUAGGUUUAAAUAAUACUUCUAUUGCUAGGGCUUCAGGUAAUCUGUACAACAGAAAGGAUGCAUUUGCAGUUCUUUGUUUGUGCCUUUCCCAAUUUAUCUCCCAACGACCACCCUUCCUAUGUAUGGGCCUGGCUUCCUUGCCCAUCACCCAUGGGGUAUUAUGAUUGUCUGUACAGAUAUUAUAUCCUUUGCUGUAGAAUGUCACCUUACAUUCAUGGAGGCCUGUAGUCAACUUGUUUACUGAGAAAACUGAACAUGUUUUGAAUCGUUUCCUUAAAGAUGCUGGCACCACCCAAUAAAUGGCAUAAUGCUCCAAAAGAAUUCCACCCAUAAUUCUUGCUUGCAAAGGAAAGUGCUGCACAACCAUUGCCAGGACUGCUUAAAACCCGAUCUUGUAAUGUUAAACUACAGCCAGCACUAGGAAGCAUAUGGAUCUAGAUAUUUUUCUUACACAGAAAAAGGAAGGACACCUGCCAAAAGCUGAAUGCAAGCUUCUAAAUUUGUCUUGCCAGAGUUGAUGACAUCAUAGAUGCUUAAAGCAGUGCAGGGCAUCUGGUUUUCUUGUCAUCAACUGUUUACAGAGCAGGUAAAUGAUGGAGAAAAUUAUUGUAAAUGAAAUCUCAUUUCAUUUGAACAUUUUGGGGAUAAUAAAAUAAUUGGAGGGAUGAGUAAUUGAGGCAGUUACUGAUCAACGAUUCACAUCAAGUGACAUAAUCUAGGUUCCUAUCAGAGGGAAUUUUGGACUAAUGAGGUUGAACUAAAUAGGGUUUUUCUGUAUUUUGUUUAUGUAUCUGUGUAUAUGUUUUCAUGAAUUUACUUGUAAUUUUGAAGUCCAUUACUAAUUUGGAUUCUGACAUGUUUACCUGUUAAAGCAACGUAGUUCACCUUUAACACUACAUCCAGAAAAAAAAAAAUCCUACUAUUAUAAAAAUCUUAUUUCGAAUUGAAAUCUAGCUUCUACAUUAGAGUGCAGCAUACAAGGGAUUUAUAUUUUAAUGUCAAAAACUCAUGCACUACUUCUGUUUUAUUGCCAGCUCCCAUCAGGAUUGAAUUUCAUUAAUAGGAAAUAUAUAUUAACUGAAGCAUGAAUUACAGGACUUUUCAAUAGCACUCGGUUUAUAGUAUUUGCCAAGUCCCUUUCAGGCUUUUUAGUUUCAUUACUAAUGCAGAUAUGUCCAACAUCUGUCUGCCUUGGUUAGUUUUUCUCUGUUGCAAACACACACAUUUGCUUAAAUCAUCUGGGCCAAAAAUAAAAGAAGGAUGGACUCUUGAAUGAUUGUGAUAGGUCUAUGAUCUGUAGUAACUGAAAGAAAUAAUUAUACACUGUAGCUAUUUUAUACAAGUAGCUCUGUAGCAUGGAGAUUGUUAUUAGUAAUACAUAUAGUGCCAUAAAUUGUAACGAUGCAUUGCAGUGCAAAACACAUUUCUUGCCUCUGAAACAUCAAAGUAAAACCAUAGUGUUGCCAGCCUAGCAUGAACUGUUUGAACUGCUCUGUUUUUAAACAGGAUUUUCAAACAAGUUCCAUUACUUGCAAUUGGGGCAUCAGUGGCAUAUUUCCUUUUGAGUCAAUAUUAAAUCCCUACCUUGGCAUAGUGUUAGAGACACAGUGCUGUUGGGACCAAUUCUUGUCCUCCACAGUCAUUAAAAAUCUCAUGACACAUUUUCAACACACAGACUAGCUGACUGCAGUGUCCUGGCCAAAUUCAAAUUUGGAUAAUUGUAUUAUGUCUGCCUAAAUCCCCCAUCAGUGUCAGCUGGAUAUGGUAUUUGUCCUCACUCACUGUCAGCACUGGUUCUCCACUUGUGAGGUAACUCCCUUCUUUUCAUGUGUCAUUAUAUAAUGCCUGCAUCUGUAAUUUUCACUCCAUGCAUCUGAAGAAGUGGCUUCUUACCCACAAAAGCUUAUGCCCAAAUAAAUCUGUUAGUCUUUA